AUGGACUUCUCGCGCUUCCAGGCCAUUGUUUCAGAGUUCAACUCUACUGGCAGCAAUAUUACCAGCGGCAGCAUCCCGUCGACCGUUCUAGAGCUGUUCAUACCGGGAUACAGCACUAUCGCGCAACUAACAUCCCGCUACCUUGGAUUCGAUAUCGGAGUCUUUGUGACAAUCUGGCUAGCCAUCGUCGGUGGGUACUAUGGAGGCACGUUUACCUGUGGCAAGGUACGCGAAUGGUUCCACACAUUUUACACAUCAUCCAUCGCCAUUGACGAAGCCGACAUCUUGUUCGACCAUGUGAUGAGAUGGAUAGCAGUGCAGCGCAUGACGACGUCUAGCAGACAUCUGACUGCAGCUACGCGCCGGAUCGGUGAAGUCGAAAACGUAGACGGUGACGACAACGUGUUGGAUGAACAUGGAAUCUUCAACUACGAGAAGUGGUCGGGCAACAUACCGCCAGUGUACCAACCUAAUUACGGUGAUUACGAUUUCCAACACGAAGGGAGAUGGUUCACUUUCGCGCGGGUUAAGAAGAAGGAUAAUGGAAAGGUCAGGGAUUACGACGAGGAGAUUAUCAUCACAUGUGUGGGUAGGAAUGCGGUGCCAAUCAAGGAGCUCCUUGUGUUUGUCAAGAGGUGGAGCCUUAACAAAGCUAGUACGACUACGACGAUCUAUCAAGCGCCUGUACAGAAGCAAGGCGGCGUGCGGUACUGGAAGCGCCAGUCUAGACGUCCAUCGCGACCACUGAGUACUGUGUCCUUGGACCUACAGCAGAAAGCCACAAUUCUUGAAGAUAUUAAUGAAUAUCUCAAUCCCGCCACGGCGCGUUGGUAUGCGGCGCGUGGGAUACCCCAUCGGCGUGGCUAUCUCUUCCAUGGACCCCCGGGGACGGGUAAGACCUCACUGUCAUUCGCUCUGGCGGGCAUCUUCGGGUUGAACAUAUACUGUCUUUCGCUCAACGACGGAAUCUCUGAGUCUGAGCUAAGCACUCUGUUCAAUGACCUACCUAGCCGAUGCGUUCUUCUCCUUGAAGAUAUUGACGCUGCGGGUAUUAGGCGUGAAGGUCUUCCGCCUCCGGUUGUGGCCAAGGAGGACCCUAAAUGUAUUACUAAGGGACCCAAAGUUGAAAUACAAAAUGCACCACAGAGUGUCAUAUCGAAGGCUCCAGCUCCAGAGUCUCUUGAAGAGCCUGCGCAGGAGGAAGACAAAGAACAACCAUCCAAAUCCAAGGCGGCCUCAAAAGAAGCCUCAGGAGGGGCCCAAGGAGCGAUCAGUCUGAGCGGACUCCUCAACGUCAUCGAUGGUGCCGCUUCUCACGAGGGCCACGUGCUCAUCAUGACCACCAACACCCCGGAGAAGCUCGACGACGCCUUGACCCGUCCAGGUCGCGUCGAUAUGCAGAUCGGUUUCACGCUCGCCACACGCGACCAGAUUCGCGACACGUACAUGCGCAUGUUCAGCAACGAUAACCUCACACCCGACGCUUCUCAGGCACCCAAGGUCACAACGAAAAGCCAUAUACCUACACGGGGAGCAAAGAAAGAUCAGCUCGGCGAUAUUAUCCUUCCCAAGAAGUCUAUCGCGGCUGUCGUGGAACCGGACAAGCUAGCGGAGAUGGCACAACAGUUUGCUGAUGCAUUGCCGGAGAAGGUCUUCUCACCGGCGGAGAUCCAGGGCUAUCUGUUGAUGCACAAAAUGGAUCCGGGCAAGGCGAUAGAAGAAGUGGGUAAGUGGAGAGAUGAGACGCUUGAAGCGAAGAAGAAGGCGAGCAAUGUUGUUGCUGCUGCUUGA